AUGGCGGCAGAAGAGGGACAAAUUGUGAUAGAUUUCACUGCUUCGUGGUGUCCACCAUGCCGUAUGAUUGCUCCAAUUUUCACCGAUUUGGCUAAGAAGUUCAUGUCAAGUGCGAUCUUCUUCAAGGUGGAUGUUGAUGAACUUCAGAGUGUUGCUCAAGAGUUUGGAGUGGAGGCAAUGCCAACCUUUGUGUUCAUGAAAGCCGGCGAGGUUGUGGAUAAGAUCGUUGGUGCCAGGAAGGAAGAACUUCUAGCUACUAUUGUGAAGCAUACUGGUGUUGCCACUGCUUAAAUCAUUUUGAGGCACAAUAAUUAUAACAUUAAAGGUUCACCUUGUUAUCUUAAGUUUCGCUAAUCGCAGUGAGGAUAUUGUAGAUGGGACAUAUGAAGUUAGUUAAUCUCUGACUGUUUAAGUCUGCACCAUGUUUUAUUUAUUUGGUCUUUGGCUUUCCC